CUUUCGAUCUGAAAUGCCUUUGCACUUCUUGUUUGCAGCCGUGACCGUGACUCGUUCAAUUCAACUCCCAGAACUUGCCAACCCACCUCGACGGGUUUUCACAAUCGACCACGCCCCGCGCCGACUACUUUCGGGCCGGAAUCGAGAAUUCUAGAGCCGACCUGGCACUAUUUCGGGCAAUGCGCAAUUGCAAUUGCGCACGUUUCCGGUGAGAGCGAAAGACGACUGCGGGGCAGUGAAUCGACAAGAUGUUGAAUAAGAAAUCUGCCUUCAAGCCAAAGGCCGCCAUCCGCCGCCCGGUUGGUAAAGGAGGGUCACAGAAUGCUUCUCGUCCCUCGACUAUAGAGCGGUCGUCCAACAGUACGCCUGUGCCUCAGGAUUCUUCGUUGACAACCCAACCUGCCCCGCACCCAGGCCCCAGCACACCCGUCGAAGUCGACAGCCUCGUCCAGGCCGAUGGCGCCCUUAGGAAUAUUGAAACAUCUUUGCAGGGGCAGGGAAAGCGCGUAGAAUCGGUUGCUGCGGAGUCGGCCCCUCAAGCCGGCACAACGGAGUCUGUUCAAGAAGGCAGGAACGGGAGUACUGCCACGACGGUUUCCAGAGAGGAGCUCACGAGUGAGCUGGCCGCUAGCCAACUCGAAAAUACCACAACACAAGAACUCUCCCCAUCAGGCUCCCAAAUAGUAGAUGGUGAUAAUGGUACCAAACCUGGCGCAGAUGGGCUGUCGCCGGCCGUUACGGUUGCCCCUACUGACCAACCAUCGCAGGUCACAACGACCCCCGCUGAAAGCCCUACCAGCGAACAGGCGCAGCCGAGUACCGAAACAGCCCCCGAGCCCGCAACGGGCGCUUCCCAAAACGCAAAACCAAAGCGCGGCCGGAAACGCACCGCUACCGCUGCCGCUGUUGAGGGCUCCGGCGAACCAGGCCCCUCUGCUUCGAGGAAGCGACCACGGAAGAGGGCUGCUCCGCUUCCGGGCGAGGAAGGAUACCAACCGGCGACCCCUAGGGAGACACGGAGCCGAAAGCGCAGCGCACCCAUGGUAGAGGACGAGGAGGUCGAAGAAGACGGCGAGGACGACGCAGGGCAGCACAAAAAGAAAACCCCGAGGCCACAACGCGAAGCCACGCCGCCCGAUGCCGAGGCCGUCGAGAUCGACAUCACCCAAGUCAAGAUGGCCGACUUGGCGAAGGAUAUGCACAUCGGCAAGAAGUUUAGCCUGCACGACGAGCUUAUGGAGCGCGAGCGUGCUAAGCGUCUCCGAUACAACGAGCGAAGGAAACGACAACAAACCGGCGAAGAAGAUGACGAAACUGCGGAAACCGGCGAAGCCCCCGGUGCGACACCCUCCUCCGACCUUAACAGCACCCCCCAACCCACUCCCGCCGCCACCGACGACGCGCCCGCCGAAACCCCCAUCGACAACAACGCACGCGCCCCGAUCGGCGAAACCUACCAAGUCAUCGACGGCGAGAUCGUGCUCGACCACCGCUCGCUGCAAGUCGACCGGCACGCGCGGGCGCGCGAAGAGGCCGGCGACCUUGACGAGAUCGAAGAGAACGACUUCACGCACCACACGACCUCGGCCACCUACCUGCGGCGCAACCUCAAGCCGCAGCAGUGGACGGACGAGGAGACGGACCUCUUCUACCAGGCGCUGCAGGCGUUCGGCACCGACUUCGACACCAUCUGCCGCAUGUUCCGGGGCAAGACGCGCAAGCACAUCAAGCUCAAGUUCAACCGCGAGGAGCGCGUCCACCCGCAGCGCAUCACCGCCGCCCUCGUGGGGCAGAAGACGGUCUCGUUCGACAUGGAGCAGUACCAGCGCGCCACGGGCCAGGAGUACGAGACGGCCGAGGCCAUCUACGCGGAGCAGAAGAAGGCCGAGGAGGAGUUCGAGGCCCGCCAGAAGGCCCUCGAGGACGAAAAGGCCGAGGAGGUCCGCCGCAAGAAGGAGGAGGUGCUCGCCCAGCUCAACAGCGCCGUCGACGGGGAGGGCCCCAAGAAGGGCGGGCGGAAGGGCGGGAGGAAGAAGAAGGCGCCUGCUCCGAUGGGGCUUUGA